GGAACAGGAAACCGGAGGUGGUGACAAAUCAACAGCAGAGAAAACAGUGAGGACGCUUGUUCAGGAGCUGACUUUCAACUUGGUGAAAUCACAGGCAGUAUUUAAAGAGUUUUGCAGUUGCUUUCAUGCUGGCAUAUCUGUAUCAAGUAUUUGGUACAUUGCGCCACAGAGGACCCAGGAACAUGCUCCGACCUGUGAUAGUAGUGCUCAUGCUUGUCUCCUUUACCUAUGGAGAAAAUCCUGCUUUACAAGUCACCUUGACUAACAAAGGACUUCAGUACGGAAAGCAUGUAGGUGCAGGAUGGCUUCAGGAGAGGCUGGAUCUCGUCACUCUCCCUGACAUCAGUGGUACAAUCUUGCACUUCAUACACUACACAUUAUCAGGAGUCAACAUCACAAAGUGUGACUUUCCAGAGCCAUCUGUUGAGUUCUAUCAGGACAUCACAGGAUUCAACACAUCCAGCUCCGGCCUCAGUGUUGCAGUAUCCGGCAGGUGGACGACACAUGCUGGCCUCAUACAUGACGGGGGAUCAUUCGACAUGGCUAUAUUUAAUAUGGAUGUGACCUCUGUAGUGAAGCUGGGGAAAGACGCUGACGGGCAUCUGUCUGUCACCAGUGCCCACUGUGAAGCUCAUGUUGGAGAUGUGGACGUACGAUUUCAGGGUGGAGCAAGUUGGAUGUUCAAGCCUUUUGUGGAGUAUUUAAAGAGGUGUAUCAAGGAUGAAAUAGAGGCCUCAAUCUGCCCUGGAGUGGAGAAGUCCAUCGUAAACUUGGAGUACCACCUACAGGCCAUGAAAGUUUCCUUUGAUGUGGGGGAAAACUUUACUUUUGACCUCCCUCUCACCAGCAUGCCCGUCAUUAAUGCUUCAAGUCUGAAUCUAGGUCUUAAGGGAGAGUUAUACAAUAUAAAAGGUCAUACAGAACCUCCCUUUGAGGCCCAGCCUUUCACCAUGCCCGAGCAGCCGGGCUACAUGCUGUCAGUGGGCCUGUCUGAGUUCACUCUGAACUCCGCCUCUUACGUACUCUACAAAGCGGGCCUGCUUCAGACCGUCAUCACCGACAGCAUGAUACCUCCAUACCUCCCCAUGCACCUGAACACCAGCUGGAUGGGGCCUUUCAUUCCUCAGCUUCCCAAGAUGUUUCCCGGACUUCUGAUGAGUCUGCAGGUUUAUGCCAGAAAAGUGCCAAUGUUUUCCUUCCAGCCCGGUGUUGUUAAACUGGGUUUUGAAGGCACUGUCAAGGCUUUCGCCAUCCAACCAAAUGGUACCGAGACCCCGCUGUUCAAACUCAAUGUUGACUCCACACACAGCGGUAAAGUGUGGAUUGCUGGUGGACUACUGAAGGGCUCCGUGACACUGGAUAACUUGACAGUGGCGCUGGUGUCGAGUGAAGUGGGAACCUUUCAGACUGAUACUUUGGAACACUCGAUGAAGGCAGGCAUGGUGCUCGUCUUUGCAAAGCUGAACGUGGAACUGGGCAAAGGUGUUGGUUUACCCGGAACCAAACACGCACAGCUGAUCAACACAGUUCUGGGGAUGGAAGAGGGAUUUAUAGCCAUCGCUUCAGAUGCCGUGUUGUUGUAAACAGACAAGAGGCUUCAACUGACAAACUGGUCUGUUUAAUCCAUAAAGCACAGACGCUCUUCACCUCACUUCAAACCAGUGAACUAACUGCAUUUGUAGAUAUCGGAUACAUCACGAUACAGAUGUGUUUACAAGGUGAAGCAUCUACCCCACUCUGUAUUCUGGACUGUAAAUGAUUAACAGGCCUUGUUACGCAGUAUAUAAUCACAACCUACAACUCUACAGCAUUCAUGUCAAAUCAACAGCUCAUCUUUAUAAAUGCUUCUAAAAUGGUUUUCAGGCUCAAAUCAGAUUGUUUCAAACCAUAAGGUAAUAAAACACUUUUUGUAUUCUG